AGAUGACAUUCACCUGCGAAGCAGACAGCAGUGAAGUGAUAGCACAAGAGAGCAGUGAAAAAUUUUCGCUAGUCACAACCUUUCUUUCUUUUUAAGAGAAGAGUCUAUUUAGUUUAGAAAUAGUUUUUAGCAAUAUUCAAUGUAGUUCAGUGAUUGAUGGCACCCAGUUUUCAAGCGAAAUUGAUUCUGGUUCGAUGUUUACUUCACAUAUUUUGAUAGCCCACAUUUUACCCCACAAGAAAGCCUGAUAUCGAUCCGAUUUGUGUGUAAAUGAAAAUCAGCUGGCAGAAGUGGCAUUGUAGACGCUAGUGAUAACAAAUAACAGUAACCCAAAUACCAUGAAAAAGCGACUGUACUUCCUAGAAAGGUAGUUUCCUUCUCCACAACAGCUGUCAUCCAGCGGAAGAACCCGUUUAAAAGUACAACACAUCAGAAUGGCGAAACCGGACCCGAGAACAUAUGAUACUCUGACGAAUCAGGAGACGAAUCCUUUCACCGACACGAACAAGCGAUCACCCACGAUCGAAGAAGAGGAAACGCCUCAAAGCAGUGGUUUGGUUAUCCAUAUCGUGCCGGAAACUAACAAAACACGAUGGAACCACAUAGAAGAUUUGGAUUCGUUUUUCACCCGUGUCUAUUGCUAUCAUCAAAAGCAUGGAUUCUACGUGAUGAUGCUGCAGAGGGUGUUCGAGUUGUUCCAGUUUAUGUUCGUUGUGGUUCUUCUAACAUAUAUGAGUAACUGUAUAGACUAUAGCGUGCUCUUCAACGACAAAGACGAACCACACAAAAUAACGCUUGCGGAUGCGAUGUCGACACCGGCGGAAUGCGUGGUCAAGUUAGGCGCCAUCAAUUGGAUUGUACUGACACUGGCGAGCGUUUUCUGGACCUUCCGCCUGUUCAGAUUCUUUUACCAUUUUCUCCAGUUUUACGAUAUUAAAUUGUUCUUCAAUACAGCACUGAAGAUAGAUGACGCUGAUUUAGACAAUCUAACAUGGCACGAAGUCCAAAAGCGAAUACGAGAAGUGCAAUCAGAGAUACAGAUGAGCAUCAACAAGGAACAACUGACUGAGCUAGAUAUUUAUCAUAGAAUUCUGAGAUUCAAAAACUACAUGGUUGCAAUGAUGAACAAAUCACUUCUCCCAUCGACGAUUCAGUUGCCAUUUUUAGGAUCCGUGGUUUGCCUAAGCCAAGCGUUGCGCUAUAACGUUGGAUUUAUUUUAUUCUGGGGACCAUGGUCUCCUUUCGAGAGUAACUGGCAUCUGCGAGAGGAGUUCAAACGUUCCAAUCGACGGAUUGAACUGGCAAACCGUCUGGGGAACCACAUCAUGUGGGUUGCGGUGGCCAAUUUCAUUCUUUCGCCCUUCAUCUUUCUGUGUCAGCUGAUGUAUUUUUUCUUCAACUAUGUGGAUUUGAUAAAAAAAGAGCCUGGAACCCUGGGUGUUCGGUGCUGGUCACAGUAUGGCAAGCUAUACCUGCGCCAUUUCAACGAAUUGGAUCACGAGUUGGACGCCAGGCUUACAAGGGCCUACCGUCCCGCUGUAAAAUACAUGAAUUCAUUCUCAUCCCCAUUGCUAACAGUGAUUGCAAGGAACGUAGCGUUUGCUUGUGGCGGCGUAGCAUCUCUAAUAUUUCUUUUGGCGGUGUAUGAUGAGGAUGUACUGCAGGUUCAGCAUGUAUUCACCAUUUUCACUGUUUUGGGCGCAGCCAGCGUUAUUUCCAGAUCAAUGAUCCCAGAUGAAAAUAUGAUUUGGUGUCCGGAGCAGUUGCUGCGAAAUGUACUAGCGCAUGUGCACUAUCUACCGGCAGCUUGGCGUGGCCAUGCUCAUAGUAACCUGGUCCGAGGGCAAUUUGAACAGUUCUUUCAACUUAAAGCUAUGUACAUAUUGAAUGAAUUGUUCAGCCCUUUCGUGGCACCGUUUGUGCUGCUAUGCUUUCUCAAACCGAAAGCGCUCGAUUUGGUAGACUUCUUUCGUAACUUCACCGUAGACGUGGUUGGAGUUGGUGAUGUGUGUUCCUUUGCUCAAAUGGAUGUUCGGAAGCAUGGUAAUCCCGACUGGCAGGUUACGAAUAGCGCUAUUGAAAAGAAGUCCACCGCAAAUACCCCAGACGUUGAAAAUAAUCAAUACACCCAGGGUGAACAUGGAAAAACAGAACUUUCGUUGGUACAUUUUACUCUAACCAAUCCCACGUGGCAAAUGCCACCGGAGGCCAAACAUUUUGUACAAGGAAUCAAGCGUUACGCUAUGCAGGAUCUCAACAAACAGCGCGGUGCGCUGUAUGCUGGUACAACGACGACCAAUCUGAUGGCUCAGAGCCUUCUGUCGGUGGAAAGCCUUGGCGAUCAGUACAGAUCAAUCAUCCAGCCCAUUCUGCAAACUCACAAUCUCUCCAACUCGCAACAGUUGGGAAUGUCUAUGAACCUUGGAGGACUAGGCUCACCUCCACCGUCAACAUCCGUUCUUCCGCCGGGACAAUUUCAGCAAUCUACUGCACACUCCCAUUAUCAGUACAACUCACCGCCUGCAUUCGAUUUCGAACGUAUGUUACAGCAGAAUCUUACUGAUGGUAGCACUGCUCCUCUCAGGAGCACCAUCCUGCAUGACAUCAAUGAAAAUGAUGACGACGAUGAUGAGGAAGGCGGAGCUACUGCCGCAUCCGCCGCCAGUCAGAUGCCUCAGUCUUGUUUUACUCCGGGAGUUGGUACGGGUGGAUUAGAUCCCAGAACUACGAUGAGUUUCACCACUAGGGGUGGCAUGAGUCGGAGAGAAGGACCCGCACAAGGUUCACAUAAUGGACUACUGACGAGUUUGUGUGGUGAUAUUCCACCCUCGCAUCCAACACCGCACGAAAUGACUACGGCGGAUAUGUGUCUUAGCACUUUGUACCUUCACGAGUUGCAUCAUAUGCACAUGCGACGACGCGGCGCUAGUUUACGCACCGACCCAAGCCAUCGACAAGCGUGGCAGCGACCGCACCAGGAGCAAUCGCCCCCACACGUUCUGCCGAGCACCAGUGGGGUCACUACUUCGGGCUUCGCAGCCGAACGGACACCCCUGCUCAGCAGUAAAAAGUCAUAGCAACGGGCCGAAUGGGUCUAACGAUAGGACACUCCGACUCCGUGCUAUGGGGGCAGGUCCUAUCCUGUUUUAUUCGUGAAUACGAUAAAGUGAUUUUACACAACCAGCAGUGUUUCAUAAGAGAGAAUAAGAGAGAGAAGCAGUCAAUAUAUUCAAUCAAAAAAAAAACAAAGAUCAGCAAGAGAGACAAAACAAACUUGGCAGCCAGGAAGUGCAGCGAAAAGUGGAAACGAAAACAUUAAUAUUAAGUAGGAAAUCAUCUUCACUCAAUAAUCUUCACACAAGUGCGAUACGAUAGAAUUGUAUUGCGGAAGGAAAACCCUGAGACAAGACAUGGCAACAGGCGGGUCGACUGACUGUAGGUCAGUUUUAUAUCAAAAGGUUAAUUCUCGUUAAAUGGCUGAUAAUUUUUUUAUUUUUCACUCUUAUCACCAUGUAAAGUUGCCAUGACGUUUCUUUUUUUUCGUUUUUCAGUGUAUUUUACACAAACUUGACAUUGUGCAGAGUUAACAAAAUAUUCGUUUUUAGAGAGCAUACUCUUGCUAUAAGAUAUUUUAACUCAUCGAUUCUAUCAGCUAUUUGGCUGAUAGUAAAAUAUGGGGCAGAAAAAUGUUCAAAAGUUGUUCACGCUUAGCAAACCUGACACCUGGGUAUUAUUUGGAUCAUCAGUUAUUUCCCUAAAGUCCGAUGGACGAAAAAGCUGAAGAAAUGUAUAGACACUCCAGUUGUAAGGUCUUGUCUCGGGGCAGAUCGCAAAUCUUGCUGUCUAGAGUUCAAUCCAUUCAUGGUUUGUAAAUACGGUUCAUCCUAGUACUCUUCGAGCGGUUUUACACUAAUCCUAUAUUUAUAUAGCGCUACCACGAAAGUCUACGAAGAAGAAGACUGUAUAAGGUCGAUACGUAUAUGAGCAGACAUACUCUUGUAAAUUUCUGACGCUAUAUUCGACAUUAAUACUAGUGACGAAAACAAAUUAUAAUAAACUAUUUUGAAUUUGAAAUUGUU